AUGGUUCUUUGGUAUCAACCUCCUCCUACAUUGAAUCGUAUCUCACCCACUCUCAAACUCAACUCAUUACGCUGCACCAACUACAACCUAUCUAUUCCGAAUUCCAGACCCACCCACAUACCCAAACUUGAACCCGAACCCAUAUUCGCCUCCGUCAAAACCUUCGUUCCUGCCACCAUGGCCAACCUUGGCCCCGACUUCGACUUCCUCAGCUGCAUCGUUGACAGUCUCAGAGACUUCAUCUCCCUCUCCAUCGACUUAUCCGUCCACCCCGACAAGAUCUCCAUCACGAAAAUAUCCGGUGACGCCACCGGAAAAAUCAGCCGUGAUCUUCUCUCCAAUUACGCCGGAAUCGCCGCGAUCGAGGUUAUGAAAAUGCUUGAAAUAUGA